UCCCCAAGCCUAGACUUAUGCCUCAAGGAUUUCUGCUUUCCUUGCAAAUCAUCACUAGGGGAUCGUCCAGUGCUGAGUCGAGCGGUCGCGCCGCCCUUUCGGCGCCCUCGUCGUCGGCGUCGCCCACGGCCUCGCCCUCGGCGUCGCCCACGGGGUCGCCGCCGUCGCCGGUGGUACACCGCCGGAUCCUGGAGGAGAUGCGCGAGGAGAUGGAGCGCCUGCGCGGCCGCUCGCAUCGCCACGGCGGCGGUGGCGGCGGCGCCCGCUCCAGCAGCGCGCACGACUACGGCCACGCCCACUCGCACGGCCACGGCCACGCCCACUCGCACGGCCACGGCCACGCCAGCGGCGGCCCUCUGGGGCCGCGCCGCGCGCGCUCCCGUCACCGGCCGCGCCCACCACCAUCACCGCCAAUCACCAACCAUCACCACCAGGCCCCGGCCU